AUAAUUACAAUCGCAGUGGCCCGUCACUGUGGACUACCGUUCAAGUGUACACAUCAGUCGUGCUCAGCAGGAGUAUGAUAAAGCAAGCUUGGGAAUCGAAUUCCUUCCCGUGCCAGAAUGUUGCAGACCGGAGCCGAAUUUGUGCUUUCACCCGUUGGUGUGACGAAGGUGGUUUCUCUUCUGUGUAUGAUCGUCGGUGGAAUGAUUUUCAUCACUGCCGGUGACUGUGUCGAAUCCAGGGUUUGGAACAUAACGUACAUCACCAUUACUACAGGCAGUGCGCUUCUGACGAUGGUAUCGUACUCGAGUUUCGCGCUUAAUUUAGUGCGAACGGAUCGCGGCCUCAAAACGCAACACAUUUCCGUGCUGGCCGUCUCGUACGCCGUAUUCUUUUUCCUUCUGAUCGUAUCGAUCAUUACAAUGACACAGUGUACACGAUCGGUGCAAGUGGUGCAAAAAAUACCGGAGCCGCUAACCAUGAUAGCCGCCGUGCUAUUAGCAAUCAGUGGAACAAUUUUAUUUCUCCGUUGGAGAGCAACGGUACAAACGGAAGAACUGCAGUUACACUCGCACGAUCGAAGCGUCACUGAGAUGCGCACCAACCCGAGAGAGGCGCGUAAAUCCGUCAUGGUGUAAAGCACCGAAUCCACUUACGAUAAUUCAAUCUCAUUUGCUGGUUGUAUAGCUUUAUUCUAAAAAGUAAAAAAACUCAAAAUGCGUUCAUCAUACCGCUUGCAGCACAAAA